UUCAUCUGGGAUCCCCGGAGCCUCGGCAAUGGCUCCAGGGUGACUUCUUGGGCCACCCCCGUUCCCCCGCCCUACCCAAGCGGCUGAAAAGCGCCAGGACGGACGGUCGGAGCCGGCGAAAUGGGCCCGCGAGCCCGGCCGGCGCUUCUCCUCCUGAUUCUCCUGCGGACGGUGGCCACGCAGGGGCGACCGCCGCGGUCACACUCCCUGCGCUUCCUCUUCAUGGGUGCCUCCGAGCCAGACCUUGGGCUGCCCCUGUUUGAGGCCUUGGGCUACGUGGACGACCAGCUGUUCGUGUCCUACGAUCACGAGAGUCGCCGUGCAGAGCCUCGUGCCCCGUGGCUCUGGGGCAGGGCCACCAGCCAGCUGUGGCUGCAGCUGAGCCAGAGCCUGAAAGGCUGGGAUCACAUGUUCAUCGUGGAUUUCUGGACCAUCAUGGACAACCACAACCAGAGCAAGGUAACGAAGCUGGGAGUGCUGCCAGAGUCCCACACCCUGCAGGUGAUCCUGGGCUGUGAAGUGCAAGAGGACAACAGCACCAGAGGGUUCUGGAAGUACGGGUACGAUGGGCAGGACCAUCUUGAAUUCCGUCCUGAGACGCUGGAUUGGAGAGCAGCAGAGCCCAGGGCUCGGACUACCAAGCUGGAGUGGGAAGUGAACAAGAUUCGGGCCAAGCAGAACAGGGCCUACCUCGAGAGGGGCUGCCCUGAGCAGCUGCAGCGCUUGCUGGAGCUGGGGAGAGGGGCCCUGGACCGGCAAGCGCUUCCUUUGGUGAAAGUGACUCAUCACGUGGCCUCUGCAGUGACCACUCUACGGUGUCGGGCUCUGAACUUCUACCCCCAGGACAUCACCAUGAGGUGGUUGAAGGACAGGCAGCCACUGGAUGCCAAGGACGUUGAGCCUGAGGACGUGCUGCCCAACGGGGAUGGAACCUACCAGGGCUGGGUGGCUUUGGCUGUGCUCCCUGGGGAAGAGCAGAGAUACAGCUGCCAGGUGCAGCACCCAGGCCUGGAUCAGCCCCUCACUGCCACCUGGGAGCCCUCGCUGUCUGGCACCCUGGUCACUGGAAUCAUCAGUGGAAUUGCUGUCUGUAUCAUCCUCUUCCUUAUUGGAAUUUUGUUCAGAAUCUUGAGGAGAAGGCAGGCUUCCAGAGGAGCCGCAGGGGACUAUGUCUUAGCCGAAUGUGAAUGAAGUGCAGCCUGCAGACUCCUUGUGGGGAAAGAGAGGGUGCACUUGAGGCGUUCUUCAUGUUUCCGGACAGCUGGACCUAAGAAAUAGAAACUGUCUCAGGAACUCUCUGCUCUUAGCCUUCCCCGUUCACUGUCCAAAAGUUCCCCAUCUAGGUUUCUGAGUUCCUGCUUCUUAAAGGGCCCUAAGACCUCUCCCCGAGAACUGGCUCUCCUGAAUCCCAAGCUGCGUGUAGAGCCUGCCUCCAUUUCCUGCAUCACCUCAGACUCCAUACACCUACGUCAUCUCAUCUCCUAACGAUGGAAUGAGUCUCCUUAAAUUUGGGGGGACUUGUGAUUCCUUUAAACAUCUGAGAAUAGCUUUGAACCUUCUCCUUGGGACAUACACUCUAAUACCCCUACCAGCAUUUGACACACGCAUCCAGGCGUUUCCUGGACCCACUCAAGUUUCCUUUUAACCCUCUCUCUAUGAUACAAGAACUCACCUGUUUCCAAGCCCCGUGGUCUCUUCCAUCAGAGGGAGACCUGGACCGUUGUACAGUGUGAAGGUUGUGCACUGCACAACCCGAGGAGGCACCUUUCCCAGAAGAGGCAUCAUGGAUGUUUGUGCGUUUUAUGAUAGUCUUCCCGAAAAUGGGUGGGAAGUGUCUUGAGGAGGGAAUGUCUUUUUCUAAUUUGCACAUAGGUGCCAUGUAGGUUUCCUUAGGUUAAUGAUACCCGCACUUACAAUGCCAGACUUGAAGUAGCACAGGAUUUGAUCUCUGCUCACACCCUCUCCUUGUUCUGACAAUGAAAAUGAUAAUUAAGAUGAUGAUGAUAACGAAAAGGUGGCUGACACUUAUUUAUAAAGCUCUUCCUUGGUGCCAGACUUAGUUCUGAGUGCCUACUUACAUACAUUAUCUCAACAGUCCUUUGAUGUAAGUACUAUUAUCCUCUUUUUUUUUUUUUAAGAUGAAGAAAGUGAAAUAUAAAAUAGAGUCUCACAGCUUACCAGGGACAGAGACAGGUCUCAAACUCAAUCAAUCUGGCUCUUUUUUUUUUUACGGUACGCGGGCCUCUCACUCUUGUGGCCUCUCCCGUCGCGGAGCACGGGCUCCGGAUGCGCAGGCUCCGGACGCGUAGGCUUAGCGGCCGUGGCGCACGGGCCCAGCCACGCCGCGGCAUGUGGGAUCUUCGCGGACCGGGUCACGAACCCGUGUCCCCUGCAUCGGCAGGCGGACUCUCAACCACUGCACCACCGGGGAAGCCCCAACCUGGCUCUUUGAUCCAGCCCUUGGCCCUGCAUUCAGAUGGUUAGAUGCCUGGAGUAAAUGGGGAAGGAAGGAGAUGGCUGUGGAGAUCGCUCUUCUCUUGUCUCAUUGUCUGUAUUCUCAGUGAGUUUGACCCAAAUGAAGGGAAAAAACAGCAGAAAACAGUAUCAGCCAUGUUUCCUUUCAAAGUCCCUGAGGGAAGAACCCUGGAAUGUGACCCCUGUUGCCACCACUGGCCAGCUCUAUCUGGCAUCACUCAUGGGACUGUGAUUGGGGGUGUCAGUUAGUUACUGUGUUGGACCUCACAGUGUCCUGCUCCAAUCAGGACCACCAGGGUGGAGGCGUUUCCCUUCAAAAACUGGAGCAACUUCUCUCAUAUUAAAGAUGGAAAACUAGAAGCCACUGAGUGGCCUUGGUCAGCACCAAGAUGCUGACCUCAGCAUCUUCCUGGGGUCCGUGAGAGUCUGGUUCUCAUCCCCACCCGUGCACAUUCAAAAAAAUUAAUCUAACCGGGUCACUCAGGAAUUAGUCGAUUCUGGGAAAAUAAUUUGUCUGACCAUAUUCAAAAGGGUACUAAUAUAUACACGCAGAAAACUUGUGUUUACUUUGUGCUGCCACGUGUAUUUGACAGCAUAACUGUGAACAAGGCUUUCUGUCCUGGAGGGCAGCUGCCUCAGAUCAAAUACAGCUCGAAAGUUUGUUUGGUAGAUAUUGAACUUGGGCAAAGAGAUCUCAACUAUUUUUUUAAACUUUUCUUUUUUUGCAGUUCCCAAAGUUAAGUGGAUAAAAGUAUAUAGGAUUUGUGCUUACUACAGAAAAGUUGAAAAUGAAUUAAAUUGAAACUAUUAUUCCGUUAGCCAGUAAUAAAGUCUAUUAAAAAUUUGC